AUACCUAGCUUGCAGCCUCUGCUCCCUCAUUUCCACCAUCCCCAUGCCAUGAGGCCAUAGCCUGAAGCUCUCAUCAAGGCUUCCUCAUGGGGUGGUUCCGCUCGCUCUUCUCCCCUCUGAGGAAGCUCAUGGUCCGCUCACAUUCCGCGCGUAAAUACCGGAGGGGCAUGCGGGUCCUGUACAAGGAUGUCAAGUCCUGCCAGGAUGAAGAUGUACACGUCCUAUGGUCCAUCCUAGUCGACUCGCACCGUCACCCCGCCAUGGUGAAGCUGAAGCUCUAGGGUCUUGCAACGAUUGCAGCCAUGGUGGAUGCAUGAUUUUCGUCGGCGAACCAGCCAUUAUCUUUUCGUGUAGAACUGCAUAGUUCCAAUGGCAAUGGCGUCAAGAAAAAGACGACGAGAAAAAGAGAGGCGGAUGAGUUAGAUGCUUUCCUUGUGUGUGAUUCUCUGAUGUGUGAAUCUUGUGGCUUUGUGAGAGUGAGGUUGAAACGUCACCUUUGCUUGAUGUGAGUGAGGUUGAGCUGAUGUAUCUGUAUAUAGAAGCUCUUGGUGCCUUACCUAAUGGUAUUGAGUCUGCUGGUUUGUUUUUC